AUGGUACAGAAAAUACUUAAACUUGUGGACAUCUGUCUAGGCUUUAUGCAAGAUGCAAAUAUCAGAAGAGGAACCUUCAUCUGCAGUGCUCAACCUAAAUCCUUAGAUUCCAGAAGGAGAAUAGAUAGACCCAGGCACUGGAUUCCAAAGGAUCAAAGGGAUCAGAUUCUCCUGAGAGCUUUGGGACGAUCUGAUAUAGAGGAUAGAGAAGCACUCCCCUGCUCACAAUCCAGCAAUAGUGGAGAUAGAACUAGUUCAAAUAGAGAAGAACGGAGAAGAAAUCAAACCUUUAGGUUUCAAGAACCUACUCAAAUCUCCAGGGGAGCUAAAUCUCUGACAGAGACCCAGCUGACUCGGUCCCAGGUGCUGACCAGCACAGCUGUUCUCCUAGCUGGAGAUGAGACGCAGACUUACAGUGAAGGAAGGCUUUCUCAUUCAGAUAUCAAUCCAGGUAGACUGUGUCACUGGUCAACUAUCCAGAUCAACGAUACAGGAUUCUAAACCAAGAAAAAAUGAAGAAAGAACAAUCAAGAUUUUCCAUCCUUUCAUAAAACAAAAAAAGAUAAAUUAAUUUGUUACAUAUAAAACAUUCCGAAAGUUCUCGUCAUGAAAUGGACAGAAAUUACUUUCCAGUAUUUGUCCUAUCCACAACAGUACCAUUAAACCAUUGUCGGAUCAAGGAAUACAGAGAACAAGUACUCAUUUACAUUUUCAAAUAAUAUUAUUAUAUUUCUUUUCAGGGAUUUACAUUCAAAUUUAGAAAAUAAAGGAUUUGAG